AUGAAGUUCACACCAGUCGUCGUUUUGGCCCUUGCCAGCUCCUCCUAUGCCCUCGAUUGGGACCGCGAUCUCGCCGCAGUCCUCAGAAGAGCUUCAGACACCCUCGACAAACGAUCCGGCGGAGAAAUCGCUGAGAAGGCGAAGCGUCAAGGUUACGAAGCUGCCGUCGUUGCCGCAGAAAUCGCCGCUCGCGAUGCUAUUGUCAAUGCCAGAGCAUUGAACGAGGGAUAUGAGGCACAAUAUGGCAAACGUCAAACCGUCGACUUUGGAGCCAUUGGAGACUCAAUUACAUCUGCAGCUGGAGGUGCUAUCGCUACACUCACCAGCGGAGCAGUUUCAGUUGCAACAGAGAUAGCAAGUGGUGGAAAUGGAGCUAUCAACUCCCUCACCAGCGGUGCAGCUUCUAUCGGAAACGAAAUCACCAGUGGUGCCGGGGGCGUUUUUUCCACGGUUACCAGCGGUGCCGGCGGUGUCUUCUCUACUAUUACAAGCGGAGGAGCAGGAGCCCUUUCAACCGUUACCAGCGGAGCAGCCAGUCUUGCCAGCAAUGCUGCGUCCAGAGCUUCCAGUCUUGCCUCGGAAGCCAGCGCAAAUGGUGCUUCCAUCGCCAGCCAAGCAUCGCAGAGCUUCAACUCGCUCACCAGUGUCGCUGCUACCGCUGCCCCAUCCGUCUCUGCGUCUCUUCAGAGCCAGGCUUCCGCCCUUACUGCAUCCGCUGCAAGCCACGCUUCGUCUCUCGCCAGCGCUGCAAGUACAGGAGCGGCAGCUGCUACUUCGAAUGCUGGGGCAGCUGCUACGACAAGCGCAAGCUCUGCUAGCGAUCUUGUUAUUCCAGGUGUCAGUGUGGUUGUUGGUGCUGUUCUUGCGUUCAUUGGGUUGAUGUAA